AUGGGAAGCCGACGUGUACGAAACAGCGGAUUGAACAAGUUAUAUUGGGUAGCUUGUGUAUUCACAUUCGUAGCGAGUCUGAUGCUACUACCUGUUCUACUACCCGUUAUUUUACUUUUGCUUGCUUGCAAUGGAUCCAUAUAUUUACUAAUCCGUCUAAAAGGUGCAAUUCCUCUUCCUGCCGAUGAUGUCGUUUGGCAACAAGAUCGAGCAACUAACCUCCAUAUUGUCAGCGCUGUUGUCUUCUUAGCAGGACAGUCAACGGUCGAGAAACUCCGAGAGCUCGUUGCAGAACGAUUAGUCAACUUCAAGCGAGAGAAUGGCGAGAAGCUAUGCCCGCGUUUGACGUGCCGUAUUGAGACAAUGUACGGACAAUAUGUUUGGCUAGAGGAUGCAAAUUUUAAUAUUGAACAACAUGUGAGAUUAUGGCAAGGAAGACUACCCACAACAACAUCACAACUGCAAGCGAUUGUUUCGGAGAUAUGCUCGCAGCCGUUGCCCUAUGACAAACCACUUUGGGAAUUUAUUUUGAUCCCAACUCCAGACCUGGAUAACUCGCACUGUUUCGUGUUUCGAAUACAUCAUAGCUACGCAGACGGGAUUGCGCUGACUCGGUUAUUUGUGAACAACCUCUUUGAUGUUCCGGUCAGAGACUACGAGCCAAUCAGAUUCUCGACAAAGCAACAGUUACUUACGUGGUGUAAGGCAGCAUUAGUCGGACCGAUGACUGUGCUAACAAAAUGCUUAUCACCGGCAGAUCACUCAGAAAUCCACGGAGGGACAUUGAACGGUAAGAAAAUCGUGGCGUGGUCAAAGAACUUUUCUCUUGCAACGGUUAAAGAAAUAAAAAAUCAGACAAAAACCACAGUGAAUGAUGUGAUGACGUCAUGUCUGUCUGGAGCACUGAGAUGCUAUCUACAACAUCAUUCCGAACAACAACCACAAGACAUCUGGGCUGCGGUUCCUGUUGAUGUCAGAGCGGAUAGAAAGUCAAUGAAGUUUACGAACAAAUUUGCUUUGGUUUUUCUCCGCGCGCCUGUUGGGGUAGAAGGUAAUGUGGAACAGUUGUUCGAAACCAAGCAACGUAUGGAUGACAUAAAGAUGUCUGCAGAACCGUUUGUUGCUGCAAGCACAGUCCGCCUACUUAUGUUGCUGCCACAUUUUAUUUCCAAGCCAAUUCUUGAUCUUUUCUCGUUUAAGAUGUCCUGUGUUCUAUCGAACGUUCCCGGCCCUCAGUUAACCCUUACCAUUGGCGGUAAUGAGGCACUAGGCGGGGUAUUCUGGCCACCUGCGAGAGCUAACAUUGCAAUCAUGAUGUCAAUAUUUAGUUACAAUGGUCAUAUUAAUAUCGGAGUGAUGGCUGAUGAGGCGAUUGUAUCUGAGCCUAAGGAGAUUGUGGCGAAUUUCGAAAAACAUUUUAAUGAACUCUGUGAAACAUUGAAUAUUACACAGAACAAGAUAGAAUAA